AAAGAAAAGAGAGGGAAAACGAAAGCCCUCAAGGUCACGUCAAAGGGUGAAACAUGCGCAAUGACACAUUUUCAAUUUUCCACUGUGCAGUUCCUCUCAGCAGCAGAUUGGUAAACAGAAGCCAUUCUCCGAAGCGGACGCAAGUGACGAACUUAUGGAGAGAAGUCGCUCUUGAUACCAACGCGAGUGGGACAAUUCCAUGCCCACAAAAUGGAGUAUAACUAUGAUAACCACAUAAAACUGCUGUUGGCACAUAUGAAUAUUGAGGACAUCAUUGACGCUGCAGAGACUCUCUACCAGCUUGAGGAAGCAGAAGAGGAGGAAAGCAGCUUGUUGUCUGAAGGGGAAAGUUUGUCUCCUGUUGCAAUGGAUGGGAAUGAAGAGAUUGAAAACUUUGUGAGUCAAGAGUCGCAGGAGGGUUACACAGGUGGGGCAGGAAGUGUCCGGCAUGGGACAGUGACAGACCUUCUGUCCUUUGUUAACUUGCUCUCUCACAUGCAAGCAGCAGCACUACAGCACCUGCCUGAGGAGAUGGGAGUACUGCUGAAUAAAAAUGAUAUGGUUGUAAAGAAUGGGCGCUAUAAGAUCAACAAGGAUGUGCUCCUGUUUCCCUGGCAAUUGACCUACAAGAAUCGUGGCUCUGACCUCGUACCUAAAGGCUCCUUUGGGAAAGUUCACUUAGCUCAGGACAUCACGACUCGGAAGAGAAUGGCAUGCAAACUGAUUCCCAUGGAGAACUUUCGAGGGGCCGAAAUUGAGUUCCAGGCUCGCUUUUGCCAUGAGAACAUUGCCAAACUCUAUGGGGCUUUGCUGUGGGAACAGAACGUGCAUCUCUUCAUGGAGGCUGGCGAGGGCGGGUCAGUCCUGGAGAAGAUAGACAGCUGUGGGCCAAUGAGAGAGUUUGAGAUUAUCUGGGUGACCAAGCAUAUCCUUCGUGCCUUGGAGUACCUGCACUCACACAAUGUCAUCCAUCAUGACAUCAAACCCAGUAACAUUGUUCUGAUGUCAGACAAGGCUGUUCUGGUGGACUUUGGCCUGACUGUGCAAAUGACAGAAGACCUCUAUAUUCCAAGAGACCUGAGAGGAACUGAGAUGUACAUGAGUCCAGAACUGGUUUUGUGUCGUGGACAUGAUACCAAAACAGAUAUCUACAGCCUGGGAACAACCAUCAUUCACAUGCAGACUGCAAACCCCCCCUGGGUUAGAAGAUAUCCACGCACUGCCUACCCAUCGUAUCUUUACAUUAUCCACAAGCAAGCACCCCCCCUGGAGGACAUAUCAGACGACUGCAGCCUGGCCAUGCGGUCUUUUCUGGAACGAGCUCUGGAGAAGAACCCGACACUCAGGAAGUCAGCAUCAGAGCUCCUGAAGGAUGAGGCCAUCAACCCGCCCAAAGAGGACCAGCCCAGGUGCUGGAGUCUCGACUCAGCCCUGGAGGAGGCCAACCACGCGAUGCUGUACCAGCAAAACCAGCAGGAUGACACCGCACAAGACUUUUCACUCGAUGCUGAAGUCUCUGGCCCCCUGAAAAGGAAUGGCUCCUUAUACCUCGACCUAGGGGCCUUGACUAGCUAUUGCCCGCUAGUGACAGGACCCCCUACUUCAGAAUAUGGCUAACAUUUCCACCAUGUCUUUAUGUAUAUGGGCGACCAUUGGUUUAGGCCAGCUAAUAAUAUACCAAAAAAACCUUCUUUAAUUGUCCAUUUUCACUGUUGCGGACCAGUGCCUACUGUCAGAGCAAUGGACUGCUCCAGCGGACACCGCUCACUGAUGACCUGUUUACGAGACUCACAAUGACUAAUUAGCUUGACUUUCAAGAUGGAGUUGACACUUGUGACUCACAACACUGCAGGACAGUUGGAUGAGACACAUUGAUAUCUAUUUGUGCGUGAAUUGUUGCUAACAUUAAGGACGUUUUAAAGGCUUUUAUAAGUGUCAUGUCUCUAAAUGUUUUUGCCUGGUCGUCUCUCUAUAGUAUUUUCUCCGUGUGUGCAGUCUGGAGUCAUGACUCAUUUAGUUCUUCAUGGACUUCCUCAUUUUAAUUCCUGUGGAAUAUCAACAACAUCAUCAUGUGAUACCCAAUUUGUGUAUUGUACAUCCUGUGAGAUGAGCACUUGUGUGCUUUUUAUUACAUUCAAGUAUUCAAAGCAAA